GGAUUCCAACCUUUCCUUCCACUCACUUGUUUUCCUAGCUCUUCUUUCAUUCUUUACAUUUUCGUGACUGCACAACAAUCUGCAGUCGCAGAAAGCAGCAGAAAGGUAAGGCCGGAUCGAGAUACAAAGGGUUCCAUCGUCAGUUCAUCCAAGCCGGGAUUUCAAAGUGGACAGGCAACAUACGUUGUACCAAAAAGGGGCCACUGCAAUAUCACGAACUCGGGACAUCAUCGACGGGGCAAAGUGAAUGUCCAAGAUCGAAUGAUAUAAUCAAUUCACUCAAUACACUCUUUUGACAUUUCAACAUUUUAACAUAACCUUUCGCUGAAACGCAUUGGACUUUCAAUAAGACUUCCAGUAUCUUCUCGAACCUUGUCCGACUUGCCAAAGGAAGCAUACUUGGAUUCGACAGACCGAGGAGGUUUACACUUCUCAUAAUUUAUCUCAACCAUGGCUCCAUCUCUCACAAGUUCAGCAAACUUCCUUCGACCAAGAACUAGAGAUCGUGGUGAUGAGCGCCCUAGUACGCGGGAAAACAACCAGGAUCACAACCUCAUAAUCCCUAGCCGAACUUCCUCCCUCCACUCGAGGAUCACUCAACCAAUUCCUUCUACACUUAAUGCUAAACCUCAAGCCCGAACACCAAAAACCCUCACUCAUGCCUAUAUGGUAUGCGGUGUUGGCCGAGAACCAGCACAAUGGGUAAAGGCUCCGGCUCCAGCGCAAGGAAAGAUUCAACAUAUGAAGGGCGCCGUUGGCCAAUUCUGGCUUCCCGAGAUUUUGGGUAGCAGCCCUAGACUCGAGCAGGAUAAUGAAAUCGCUAGAGCGCUUCACUCUGCAAUGAGGGUAAGGACGAAAGCCAGCAGGGUAAGAUUUAACUAAUUGGCAAUAGGCUUGCUUCCCCCACGAUGUCGAAAUCUGCACAGGACGCAGCCAACCUCAUUGUGUUCACCAUUCAUUCGUCCUUCAACAAGAUUCCUCGCAUACUUUGUAUGGUAUAGCACUACGAGUUUGGUCCCGAGCCGACGAGAAGCGAGCGGAGACAAUUCGUGACUUGAGAAGGAGGACAGAAUCAGACUUCUACGACUCGGCUGAUGAAACAUACUGGAUUCCAUACUGCUUGUCCUUCCUUUCUAGAUACCCAUUGUAUAACUUACUGGGUGAUUACCUCAGGGGAAUGUGGAUUCAUUGGAACAAAGCUACCAAUCUUUUCCAUGCCGAAGAGGUCUCGAGGAUCUUGAGCUUCCCAGCUCCUAGGCUCAAUGAUCUCGUGCGUAUCGACAUGAAGGAUUACGCACUUUGUUACCAGUUUCCAUCUUCUCCGACAGGCUUCCAGAACUUCGCCAUGUGGCCAUUGUUCUCUUGCUUAUCUAUUCCUAACAUUGUAGGAGUAAUCGAGGCAGCUUUAUCGCCCACACGUCGCAUUAUCUUCGUUUCCCAUUACCCUGCCAUGCUCACGGUGGCAUCGGAGACUAUUCGAUAUUUUGUUCGAGUUUAUGAAUGGAGUGGUCUUUAUGUUCCAGUCGUUCAUGCAAGACACGCCCAAGAACUUGUUCAGGAACCCGGACCAUAUAUUCUCGGAAUUACAGCAGAAUGUCGAACUCUAUUCACCGCACCCACAGAUGCUUUGGUUGUAGAUUUGGAUCGCAACUUCGUUUUAACAUCCAGUCCACCUACCGCUUUGACCACUGGUCAACGCACAAAGAUGGUCAACCGCAUUACUCAAGCUCUGAAUGGUGAUGUAACACCUUCUGGUGUACCACAACAUCUUCGUUCAGCUUACGGUGGUGGCAAAUUAAUACCAGCUGGUCAAAUCAUCGUUAUGCGAGGAGAAGUCGAGUCUAUCCAAGACCCAGAAUGGUGGAACCAGGAUGCUACCAUGGCCGUGAUGGAUCAUGUUUGUGAGAAGAUGGUGAGUAAAUCACAAUUUUCGUGUCAAUUGAAAUGCGCUAACUUUCUUAGGGACGAAACACAGGAAUCAAGGCUGUCUUUGGAGGAGCCCAAAAGAAACCUUUGAUGACUAAGGUCUCAAUGAGACAUCUUAACGAAAUCGUCCGCGAGAGAAAUCAAUAUUCCCGAGAUGCUCUCGAGGCGUGGCAAGACUUUAUUAACCUCAAGGGUCGCAUGGAUACUGAAAUCGGCAAAGUUACGAAGAGAAACAACUUUUUGGUUGAAGAACUCGAAAGCUGGAAACAACAAUUCCUCAAGUUCCAAGCUUUCGCUGAGCAACUUACCAAGGAGACUCAAGAUCUUAAGGUUAAGAUUGAAACCCACAAACGAGAGAACAGACGUCUCACCACCCUUAUCGAUCAACAGAAAGACGACGCAGCUCGCCUCAACGCCCGCCUUGCUGGUACGGAGAAGCAGCGUGAUGAUGCUCUCGAGGCACUUAUUCUCCAACAAGAGAUGGGCGAAGAACUUACGCGUGAACGUCAGCGCAACCAGAAAGAACUUGCAGAGCUCCAACGUACCAACUCAACUCUUCUUCGACAAAGAGACGAGGCACAACGCGUUGUUUUGCAUCUUCGCAGUCUGAUUGGUGGUCAAUCUCAUCACUUGGAACACUUGGUCCGUACCAUCCAGAAGAGUCCAGAUAUGAGUGAGUAUCUCGAUGCCGAGUUUGAUCAAGUGGAUGGAGAUAGUAUGGGCGAGAUUCCUGAGGAAAGCAGGGCCGAAAGUAAGAGAUCUUCAUCAAGAGAGCCUUCUGAGCGUGGGUCAUCUCGUGCAUCGUCUCGUACUCCAUCUCGUUCAAAAAGAUUCAGCCGAUCAGGUGAUGAUAUGACACCUGAGAUGGAGGCAAGAUUGGUUAGCAGUGUGCGAAACAGCAAACGUUACAGUGCAAUCAGCAUUGCAGACGUUGCCGAUCGUCAUCUUCGAGACAAAACGGAUGCUAUUGCUCACAUCAUCCGAAACAUUAGUGAUCAGUGCGCAGCUGCCGUGGAAGGUCUCAUGAUGGCUCAUGAUGCAGAUGCCGAAGCUGAGGAACUUGCUAUGAGAGAGAAGCAGAGAAGACACCGUGAAAGCAACCUUUCAGCCAUGACUAGUGACGGCGAACAAUCUGGUGAGGAGAGUAUGCUUCGUCCAAGAAGCGGACGCUCUUCCAGCAUUCCUCCUACCCCAGAACUUAGUCACAGAUCUAGCACGGCCAUGUCUAUCUCGAGUUCCGUCACUACACCGGAAAGAACCAGUCAACAAUACCAUCCCAGAGACGACUUACCAACCAAAAUCAUCGAAGAUAGUGAUGAAGAAAUUGGUGGUAGAAGUGAUACUGGAAGUAUACGACACAGCCUGCAUGGAAAGCCAGGAUUGCUCCACCGACCUGCAGGUGCCAGGAUAAGUGCACUAGGUGGUCAUUAGCCACUACAGCCAUUAAUGCUCUUGAAGAAAUUCGGAAUGGAAGAAUCUUUAUAGCAUUAAUUUCACCCAUACAGUACACCUACUUCUUCAAUCACAUUUUCCAUUUCUCUUGGCUUACUUUUGGAAGUGGCGUUUGAUUGGCGAGGCAACAUCUAUCGAUUUAUUGCUGGGUUUAGCUAGCUAAGCACUCUCCAAACUUUUUAUAUCACUUUAUAUUUUUUUUGUCAAUAAGGAAUCCUUGAUUUGGAAUGUCUGAAGGAUUUUUUUCUUUUAUAUCACCGGAUUCGUGGAUGGAUGGAUGGAUGGAAAAGAAUAUGUCAACUUCCAGGUUGAUUGGGAGGAGGGUUGGUGGCGGGUGGGUGGAUGGAUGGCAAUGCGGAUGGGCAUGGGAAUGAUAUGUACUGUGAUACUGUACCCUUUUAUUUUCUUUUUUUGUUAGGUGGAGCGAUUUGAGAAUAAUACCCGGUGUUAACAGUUAGUUGUAUAUAAGUAACACAGAUUAAACAAUGGCAUUUAAGAGAGAUGGAUGGAGCGGAAAGCAAAGUGGAACAGUAGAAAAGUGAAGAGAUUAGUUGAAUGGAAAUCUUUUAAAUAUUGAAAAUCUGUACUGGAAUGUGAUGUGGUGGGUUUGGAAUGAAGG